AUGGCCCGCUCCGCCGCCAAUGCUGAUCUCCCGCCGGAAUAUGCGGCGGAUGGGGCCGCCGUCCGCGAGCGCCUGCCCCCGGACACGCUACGCUUGGCUGGCCGCUCCAUCCACUCGGCGACCUCGCGCGACAUGGACGCGCCGGGGCGCUACGAGCUCAACCACCAGAUGGACUUUCUUCGCGAGACGGACAGGUUGGUCGAGUUCAGCCGCAUCGACUACGCCAUCAAGCGGCAAGCCGGCGGGAACGCCGCCGCCGCCGCCUCCUCGGUCCCGGAGAUCACCUCGCAGCCGAGGCACGCGUUCAACCUGGAACGGCCGCCGGCCAUCCUGCAGGAGGCGUUCCCCUACUACAUCAAGCCCGUCUCGCGGAGCGGGCUGGGCAACAUCGGGCUCAAGUUCACAAGGAUUGGCAAGAGCGUAUGCAAGGCGUGGCGCGUCGGGCGGCGCCGGGCCACCAGCGGGAAGGAUCGCGACACGCUCGAGUACGAGGCGCGCGGGCUCCUCUUCGACGUCCGGCGCAACAACGACGUGCUGGACUGGUUUGACGGGGCCAAGAACCGGGUCGCCGUGGAGUACUCCAAUGAUAACAUGUACAGCCUCAACGUCCUGGUGCCCAUGGACCAGGCGAUGCGGGAUGCCCUCGUCGCCUCGUGGUGUGUAAAGUUGUGGAAUGACCUGGCCGUGAAGUUUCACGAGCGGCGGAACUGGAAACACGGUAAGUCCGACGUCUUUGGCUUGCGGUAG